AUGACUGAAAAUGAGGUUGGAGGAGAAGCUGCCCUCCACCUUGAGAAGAUGUUUAACUUGUCCCAAGUUAAAGAUAAUUGCCACAGGAGUAACGGCCCCAGCGUCGUUCUCCACCUCAAGGACCCUGAACGCCAGGAGCAGCAGGAACCACUAUGUGCUGCUCCUGAGGAGAGCACAGUGCCUCUCUCUGGGGUCCACAGCAGCAGGUUGAAGAAGCGGAUGAGUCAGCACCAGGGCCACCUCUUUGACCUAAACUGUAAAGUUUGUACAGGUCGCUCCAGCUGCCCAGUUGGGGUAUUCACCUCGGUCACUAUAUCAGGCCGUGACCCCAGGACUGCUUUGAGCAGGACCUGUACUGUCGCAGCUGCAAGCCACCUGGACAGUGUCCACACAGUCGAGGCCAGACCAGACCCACUAAAGCCUGCUUUGUCCUCUGUGAUGCUGCCCAAGUCCAUACUUGUUAAGCCAUUCUCGUCUUCUGACCCGAAACAUGUGUCAGUUCCUUCAUCACCAAGUGUCAGCAUCUCCCAAUCACAGGGCCCCGGAACAGGAGCCCGGACCCUGACUGUGCCUCACCUCAGCAGCAUCUGGAAAGGCCUUAUUAACAUGCAGGGUGUAGGCAAAUUUGUCACUAAGGCGUAUCCUGCCUCUGGGAGUUCUGCGUGUGUCCUCGAGGUCUUGCCGGAUACCAUUCACAUUGGCGGGAGAAUUGCCCCUAAGACGGUGUGGGAUUAUGUUGGCAAGCUCCAGUCUUCCGUGUCUAAGGAGCUCUGUCUGAUCCAGUUUCGGCCUGCAGCGCAGGAGGAAGAAGGCGUCUACGUGUCUGUCUACUCCUACUUCCGCAGCUGUGACCGCUUUGGCGUCGUAGCUAACACCAACCAGUGGGUCAAGGACCUCUACCUGAUCCCUCUGAGUGCUGAGGACCCUGUGCCACCCACCCUCUUGUCCUUUGCCGGCCCAGGCCUUGAGUCACCACGUCCAGAUUUGCUCCUUGGGUUAGUCAUUUGUGAAAAACUGAAUCACCUUCCUGAGCUGGGGGAGCUCAACAGAGCAUGGGAGAAGCAGGCUCCCCUGGACUCACCAGGUCGCCCCAGCCUCCCUGUAGCCCCAUGGUCUGUGAGGAAGUACCCCAGGAGCCAGCCCUGCUCUGCUGCUGCAGGCACCCCACCACCUCCGUCUCCACCACCUCUGCUUCCACCCCCUGAGGUCCCUGUGUUGAAGACACUGUCAUCCCUUCCAGCAGGGGCUACCUUCAGGGUCCCCACUCCUGUCUCAUCAGCACCAGUGCCUGGGGCAGUGUCACCUGUGCCUCGGAGGGUGUCAGAGCCAGCCUCACCACUGCAGUUCAUCCUUCAGACUCUCUUUAAGGGGAGCUCCUUCCCGGCCCCCUGCAGUGACCUGGCUCCAACCCCCUGGCAGGAUUGCUAUGCUAAAGGCUGGGGCAGGCCAUCAGGAGCCCUGCUCCUUGACCCCAUUGUCCUGCAGUUUGGUCACCUGACAAGCAAUGGCUUCCAGGAGGAGGAAGAGGAGGAGGAGGAGGACAGGCCCUAUGACCCAGAGGAAGGGUACAACAUGGAGCGAGCCUCUGACAUUCUACUUGCUGAGAGAGGGGAGGAGCACAGUGUGAAAAAGCCUGGCUCUAGGGAGAGGGCAGAGGUGGCCUAUGACCCAGAGGAUGAGACCUUUCUGGAAGCAGCCAGAGUGACCAUGGUUGAUCUGCCCAACGUGAUGUGUGUAGGCCUGGGAAGUAGCUCCCAGGAGAGGCCUGGUGACCUCACCGAGCAUAGGCCUCCUCCAGCUCAGCAAGGACAUCAGGAAAUUGGGGAGUUGAAGUCAUUACUGGCCAGAAGGCAGCGGUUCCCCCAGGAGCCGCAGGUUCUGGACCAGAGUCAAGAAGCCUUGGGCAACAACCACCCCUUGUUCUCAAGGCACAGCCGAGACUCCCAGCAGGCCAGACCCCUAGGUGAGAGCAGUGGGUAUGGAGCCCUUGUCGGGGCCCCACAGUGCUAG